AUGGUGCUUUUAAUAUUAAUCUGGUUUUUGUUGAUCGCAUUGAUCACGUAUCUGUCGUGUGUGUAUCAGUAUCAGGCGCGUAUCAAUCGAUUGACCAGCAAAUGGCCAGAGCCACCUUUUCUGCCCAUCAUUGGGCAUUUGCACAUAUUGGCAAAGAUUGUGGGUCCCAGGCCAUUCAAGCGGGCCGCUGAUCUGAUCAAUUGUCAUCUGGAGGAACAUCGUGCAAAGAUUUGGCUGGGCACCAAGCUCUAUGUGUUGGAUUGCAAUCCGAAGGAUAUUCAGGCGCUGUGUAGUGCCCAACAAUUGCUGCAGAAGACAUCGGAUUAUCGCAUUUUCCGGAACUGGUUGUGCGAGGGCAUCUUCACCAGCGACGUGGAUAAAUGGAUACAUCGCAGAAAGAUGAUUACACCGGCAUUUGGCUACGGCAUGAUCAAGCAGUAUGUUCAAGUAUAUGAGAGACAGGCUCGCAUCUUGGUCUCCAGGCUGUCCAAGCUGGCUGGCACCAAUCAGCCCGUGGAUUUCCUUCAAUACAUCAGGUGCUAUACGCUGGACACGAUUUGCGAGGCGGCCUUGGGUGCGAAUGUAAAUUCGCAGUCGGGUCAAAAGUCGGAAUAUUUUGAUGCAGUCAGAAAAGUUAUGCUCAUAUUCGACAACCGGCUGAAGAAUCUGCUGUACCGCAUCCCAUUCAUUUAUCCGUUUACCCCGUUGGCGGCGCGUGAGAGGAAACUCAUCAAAAUACUGCACGGCUUCACAGAGGGCAUUAUCGCUGGCCGUGUGGAGCAGCUCAACUCCGACAUAGCCAACCGCAACUGUGCAUCAACUGAAGAUGCCGAGGUGAACCAACGGCAGACGCUUAGUUUUCUGGACACACUGCUGCUGGCAAGGACGCCCGAUGGUCAGCCGCUGACGGUGAAGGACAUCCGCGAGGAAGUGGACACCAUUAUCUUUGGUGGCUUCGAUCUGACAGCAGCCACGCUCAAGUUUUUCAUGUACAACAUGACCCUAAAUAUGGCAAGCCAGCAGCUGUGCCGCGAGGAAAUCUGGCGUAUUUGUGGCAAGGAUUCGGCUGCACCCAUAACCAUGGAGCAGUUACGGGAUCUCGAAUAUCUCGAAAUGUGCAUUAAGGAGACAAUGCGCCUGUACCCCUCUGCGCCCAUUUUAGCCAGACGUGCCACUGCCAACUGUACAAUCAAUGACUUCUUUAUACCCAAGGGCUGCGAUGUGAUCAUCUCACCCAUGUACAUUGGGCGGUGCAAGGACUAUUUUCCGGACCCGCUAAACUUUAAGCCGGAACGCUGGGCGCGUGAUGCCGAGCCAAAGAUAGAAGCCUCCACCCACAUACCCUUCAUGACUGGGGCUCGGAGUUGUGUGGGACAGCGUUAUGCCAUGGUCAUGAUGAAAAUGGUGAUGGCCCACUUAAUGAGAAACUUUUACUUCGAGCCCAUCGGCGAGCGACAGGAAAAGGCACAGCUAAUUUAUGUUAUGACUUUGCAUACCAAAAAUACCUACUACUGCAAGAUUCGAGCUGUUGACUAAGACAGCUGUAGGGAAACUAAUAAAUUCUUGUCCUUCUUAGAGGAUAGCUUGCAACACGAAAUGCUUCAAGAAGUGCUUGAAGCCUUGCCCAGCAGACCAGCUCAUACUGAUUAAGGGAUGCAUCUCCUUCAGCCAUCGAACCUUUUGUUGAGCCCUUAUCAAUUCGCUUCGCUUGGCUCUAUUCAAAUAUUUGUUGUAUAGCAUACACCGCGGCGCACAAAUUACGCAUUACAUUUCCGUUUUUAAUGACGGCUGCGACGAGGUCGUAUAUAAAAAAAUAAAAAGCAUGAAAUAAGAGUUGUCCGUUACAAUGUCGCAGCUUAAAUACCCUAACCGGCAUCUAAUAUUUAAUAGAGAUUGUUAUUAAGCGCUCAGUUUUUAAAGAGGAGCUCUAACAUA